UGCUUUUUCUGGCAAAUGGAGCGUAGGUGCUCAGCGAAACGGUCUCCCAAUCUACUCCGGGUCUCACUGACAUACAAGAGGCCACACCAGGAGUCACAGGGGGCAGUAAUACGCCUACAUGCGUCUAAACUGCCAGAAGAGGAAGAAGAAGAUGAAGAAGAAGAAGAAGAAGAAGAAGAAGAAGAAGAAGAAGAAGAAGAAGAAGAAGAAGAAGAAGAAGAAGAAGGGGAUGGGGAAAGGAAUUGUCCCUUUCAUUUCUGCCUUGCACUGAACCAGACUCCGCGCUCCGGGUUCAUUUAUAUUCAGACCUCUCUAAUGUGUUUCUGAUCCCACCCUGACGUGGAA